AUGGCGGACGCUUCCGCGCAACCCAAGCCCAGCAGCAGCGUCAAGCUCGUGCUGCUAGGAGAAGCAGCUGUCGGAAAGUCUUCUCUCGUUAUGCGCUUCGUCAACAACGACUUCCAAGAGAACAAGGAGCCUACUAUCGGAGCCGCAUUCCUGACGCAGAAAUGCAACCUACCAACCCGAACCAUCAAGUUUGAGAUCUGGGAUACCGCAGGCCAAGAACGCUUCGCCUCGCUCGCGCCCAUGUACUACCGCAACGCCCAAGCCGCCCUCGUCGUCUACGACAUCACAAAGCCCUCUUCUCUCACAAAAGCCCAGCAUUGGGUCGCCGAACUGCACCGUCAAGCCUCCCCAGGCAUCGUUAUCGCACUCGUAGGAAACAAGUUCGAUUUGGCCACCGCCGCCGAAGAAGAGAACGCCGAAGACGCAGAUGCUACCCCCGCAGCUGAGGGCGAAGAGGAGCCAACAGAAGACGGAGUCAGCUCGAGGAGAGUACCAAGUAAGACUGCAAAGGCAUACGCAGAUGAGGAGAGCUUGUUGUUCUUCGAGACUAGUGCGAAGACAGGGCAUAACGUUGCCGAGGUAUUUACUGCUAUCGCAAAUGCCAUUCCGGAGACGAGCUUGAAGGGCCCUCGUGGUGUUGGGGGACAAACAAACUUGAACAGGCAGGAGGAGGCGCGUCUAAACACCAAAACUCUGAAGAGCUUAAAAGUCACAUUUCCUGAACUGCGCAACAUAGUCGCCAAUAACGACAAACAACGCUACUCCAUGAUUCCAGCAUCCUCACUCGACCAAGAGAUACGUGGAACCACAGAGCUAUCUCAAGAGCAACCAAACUCAGAAUCAUUGGAAACUGUACCAGAAUCAGACGACCCAGCCGACUACCUGAUACGCGCGAACCAAGGCCACUCCAUCAAAGUCGAUUCAGAAGGCCUUCUCGUCCCCAUUACCCAAGAAGCAGGCAAUGUUCCCGAAACCGUUGUUCACGGCACCGACGAGCGCGCCUGGAAUCUCAUCCUAAAGAGCGGCGGUCUGCGGCGCAUGGGACGGAACCACAUUCACUUCGCAUCUGGUCUCCCGGCAGGUUUCAAAGCACUUGACUCUUCCACUGAUCCUACUGCCGAAGAAAAAGAGUCUGCGCCAGUCAUCUCAGGUAUGCGCAAGAACUCGUCGAUUCUGAUUUAUAUCGAUAUCAACGCUGCUCUUACUGCCGGCAUCAAGUUUUUCGUCUCGGACAACGGUGUUAUACUCACCGAGGGUAAUGAGCAAGGCUUCCUUUCGUAUGAAUUCUUCAAGCGCGUCGAAAGUAGGAAGAAGGAUGGUGGUGUACUGAUGAGUGAUGGGAAGUUACCUGAAGGCGUGAUUGUGGAUAUUGAAGAGUGGGAGAAAGAGGUUGGUGAUGUGCAGAAGGGGAAGCGGGGUGGCAGGGGUAAUAGAGGUGGUAGAGGUAGAGGACGGGGCGGAGGCGCAAGUGGCCAAAAGAGUGGGAUGAAUGACGCAGGAAUUGCGGCGGCUGAUGCUUAA